UGGGGUCACCGUAGCCCAUGAAGCGGAUUACAGAAAUGGUCAGUGAGCAGGUGAGUCUGUAAAUCCCGCCCUCGGCCCUCGGGUGGGAUGGUGUCCGGCUGAAGCCUCUUUGGUGGAGCUCCCUAGCGCCAGAGGUUUUAAUCAAACAUGAGGGCGAGCCGCAGCAAACUCAGCUUACUGCGUGUCUUCGUGCUGUCCUCUUUUAUCUACCUGUUGUGCUCCACCGGUACCGGACACGGUGCUAUGCCCCAAAACAAAAUGGCCGCCCCUAACCACACGUUGAGGCGCAGCCUCAGGAGCUACCAAAGCGCGAGGCUGACGGGCGCUCAGCACCACCGACCGUUAACGGACGAGCAGAAGGCGGACCAGAACCUGCAGUUUAUGUUGAGUUUGUACCGGAGCGCUGCUGAACCGGACGGCAGGCCCAAACAGCACCGAAAGUUUGGCUCCAACACCGUGAGGUUGCUGAGGCCAACGGCGUCUUCAGUGAACUACCUGCCGGCGUCAAGAGAUCAUCACUACAGCUUCACAGUACAGUACAACCUCGACACUCUUCCCUCAGAGAGGCUGAUCAGAGCCUCGUUCAUCCACCUUCGCUCCUCAGCCUCCAGCAGCCCACCUUUCACUCCACCCCGCUGCAAGGCUCAGAUCACCUCACUGGGCAAAGACAGCCUGGUCACCCUGGAGCCCCACGAGCAGUGGACAGCGACGGAUAUAACUGCACACAUCCAGCAAGGGAAGAACCAGGGCAAGGGAGGACAUUUAACACUCACUGCCCAGUACUGGUGCACAGAGCCUGGGUAUGAUGAUGGGGACAGCAGCCUCUUCAGAUGGUGGACUAGGGGAAGGAAAAGAUGGAGAGGUGAGCCUCAUGUUGAGGUGCCGUCUCUGCUUUUAUACCUGGAGGAGGAGCGGGAGGGGAAGGACUGGAUGGAGGACCUGCUGGGGGCUGAAGGAGAAAAUAUCAUGAGACAAAUGCGACCAUGGAAUCCUCCUCAACGAAGGCAACGCCGCUCCAAAGACCCCCAAUCAUCGGAGUCCAAAGAUCCUUUACUAGACGCUCUGAAAAAAGCUCCAUCUUCCUCCUCUUUGUCGUUCUCUACCUCCCCCUCUGCCUCCAUUCUUGCCAAAAUCCCCAACUACAAACAAAAAACUAGCAUGCCAAAGAACCGCUGCAAGCUCCACUCGUUCCGCCUCUCCUUCGACGAGCUGGGCUGGGGUCAAUACUUCAUUGCUCCGCCGGUGUACAACCCUCGCUUCUGUAAAGGGAGCUGCCCCAGGGUGCUCCACUACGGCUACCACUCGCCGCACCAUGCCAUCAUCCAGACGGUCAUUAACGACCUGGGUGUCGGGGGCGUCCCGCCUCCAUCUUGCGUGCCCUACAAGUACAUGCCGAUGAGCGUGCUGGUCAUGGACAAGAAGAAAGUGGAGUACAGGGAGCUGGAGGACAUGGUGGCUGAGUCGUGCACGUGUCGCUGAGGACUUGAGGAAACGACAGUGGAGACUUGCCGGGUGUUUGAUCUACAGCUCAGCGGUGAACCACAAUGAACUGGAGACUGGAAGGAGGAAGCUUCUUGUGGUUUUAGACCUUCACCAUCUCUGUUAAAGCACUUUAGAAUGAGGCCUGUGAGGAACUAUGGGUUGCACAGAUGGAAAGAUAUGUCUGUAUACAGUUAAUUAUUUCAAGGAAUUGUUCUCUAAGCUGUUGAAAGCACUGUUCAGAUUGGUAAAUGUGCUGUUUGAGGAUUUUCCCUCUGAGAUCAGAAGCAUUUGAAAGCAUUAAGGGGUAGUUUAGUGACCUUAAAGAGGAUAUUUAACCAAGCAAGACAUACUUUACAAACAAAUUUAAUAGACUUUGACAUUACCUUGGUGGAAAGGGCUAAAUAACAGGGGUUACUUUUAAAGAAAUCAUAUGUACCUAAUAGAAAAUAAAAGGUUAGUUUCUAGUGAAUUGAAUAAAAACUUAAAUAAAUAAAACCGGCAUAGAACCCAUCUUAAAAAUCGGACCUCAAACCAAAGCAUCCAAUUGUUUUCAUUUUCACUCUUUUUAAAAACCUGAUCCAUAUUUUGCAUCAUGUCUUAGAAACUUUAAAGAAUCCAGCUACAUAUUGGCACUUUUAAGGCCAUAGUAAGAAAUCAAAGCUAUAAAAUAAACCAGUUUUAACAGAAGAGGGGUUGAGUGAUGUUAAUGCAACUAGAAAGGCCUUGUGAAGACAUAUUUCUGCUGUUUAUGGUGUAAACUUUUGCAUUUUGUACGUAUUUAUAAAAGGAGAGCUCUCGCAUUAAAAAGAUGCUGCUACUGGCUCGUCUUAGAAAGAAAAGGAUAAAGAAGUAGUGGGAAAUCAAUGAAUGCUACAGAAAGAAAUGGAUGACUUGUUAUCAUGAAAAAUAAUGCAAUUUUAUUAUGAGUGGAAAUGGAUAAUAAAAUAAAUGCAUGUUAUCUAAAACCUAA